AUGACGGCAGUAGCAAGGACAAGCGCAUCAACACUGCGAGCAGUCGCUCGAUCCGCUGUUGCCAGCAGCAGUCGCCAUGUUGCCCGCAGCGCACCAGUGGCUCGUCGAACCAUCAUGACCGCCACCAACACACCAGCGCUCCGUUUGCGCUCUCUCACGGCCCUCGUCGCCCCUUCACCAGCUUCGCGGAUCCAAAAGCGUACCAUGUUCAUUCAGACCGAGUCCACGCCCAACGAGGACUCGCUCAAGUUUCUCCCGGGGCACCAGGUGAUGGAGUCGGGAACGCACGAGUUCCUCGAUACCCGCUCGUCGAUGGCCUCUCCUCUCGCAAAGAAGCUCUUCAACGUCCCCGGCGUAGUGAGCGUCUUCUACGGCCCAGACUUUGUCACCGUCAGCAAGGACGCGGGUCACCAGUGGUCGACGCUGAAGCCCGAGAUCUACUCGAGCAUCAUGGAGCACUUUACCGCCGGCCACCCGCUCUUCACCGACCCCGAGUCGUCACAUGGCUCGCAGGACACGGUAAUUCUUGAUACGGACUCGGAGGUCGUAGCGAUGAUCAAGGAGCUGCUCGACACACGCGUGCGUCCGGCGAUCCAGGAGGACGGAGGGGAUCUGGAAUACAGAGGCUUCGGAGAGGACACGGACGGCAUCGUCAAGGUCAAGUUGAAGGGCUCGUGCCGUGGUUGCGAUUCCUCGACUGUCACGCUCAAGUCCGGCAUCGAGAGGAUGCUCAAGCACUACAUUCCCGAAGUCAACGGUGUGGAGCAGGUGCUCGAUCCAGAGGAGGAGAUCGCGUUGGAUGAGUUCGCAAAGCUCGAGCAGAAACUCGAAAAGGAUCGCCAGAAGGAAAAGGAUAUGGGUUUCUCCCUUUGA